UGUGCAACACAUGUCUUGUGAAAAAAUGUGAAAGUCUGAUGGCGGCUUUAAAACUAAGAGAAGCUCACUUCCUCUUUGAGCUCACUUUAGAGAAGCAACAACGGGCUGCGUUUAACUUUCUGUUCCGCACAGGACAAAUGGACAAGGCUCAAGGUGGUAAAGCAUAUGGCCUCCUCAAGUCUCACCAAGAAGACAAACUGAAUGCCAUCAACGAGGCUUUUCUGACCGAUGAACAGUAUGCAGAUGUGGAAGACCUCGCCUGCAAACUUGACAUGUUCAAACGCAAAUAUAUGGAGUUUGAUCUUAACGACAAAGGCGAUAUAGACAUGAUGGGCUUAAAGCGAAUGUUGGAGAAACUGGGCCUGGCCAAGACUCACUUGGAGCUGAAAAAAAUGAUGUCAGAAGUGGCAGGAGGAGCAUCCCAGACAAUCAGUUAUACAGACUUCCUAAAUAUGAUGCUGGGAAAAAGACAUGCCAUUUUGAAACUAAUUCUGAUGUUUGAAGGCAUGAAUAAGGAGGAGAAGAGACCCGAGGGACCAGCUUCUCCCAAAAACAUUUCGCAAUUACCCUGAGGGAUUUUUCCCCAUGCCAGAACUUUGUAUGUAAUGGAUUGUUUAUUAAUCUGUCUUUGGAUGAAAGGAUUCUCUUAUUUUUUUAAUUGAAAAAAAAAAAUUGAUUAAAAUGUUUUUUCAGCACA